AUGACGCGCGCACAACAAACAAUCUCCCUGGCACUUCUUGCCUCCUCUCUUUACCUCGUCCUCUUUCUCGAGCUGAUCCCUCUCCCCGCUCUCGUCCAAGAGCAGGUCAUCCCCGUGCUGCCCUUCUGGGCCCUCAUCUCCUUCGGCUCUCUGCUGCUCUUCCGUCUCGGCCUAGGCGUCAUGACCUUCAACGACGUCCCCGAAGCUCACAAGGAGCUCAUGGCCGAAAUCGAUCUCGCCAAGGCUGACCUCCGAAGCCUCGGUGUCGAUGUCGACUAA